AUGGCUGCUGAAAACUCUCGUCUGUACGCCAAGGGCCGUGUCUUGGGUUUCGCCCGUUCCAAGCACAACCAGUACCCCAACAUUUCUCUCCUCAAGAUUGAAGGUGUUCAGACCACUGACGAUGCUCGCUUCUAUCUCGGCAAGCGUGUUGCUUACGUCUACCACGCCAAGAGAGAAAAGAACGGUAGCAAGCUCCGUGUCAUCUGGGGUCGCAUUGCUCGUGUCCACGGUACCAACGGUGUCGUUCGUGCUCGUUUCCGCAACAACUUGCCUCCCAAGACUUUUGGCGCUGCUGUCCGCAUCAUGCUCUACCCCUCCAACAUUUAA